AUGCCUCCAAACCAACGCCGUGCCCGUACGCACCAAUGCCCGCACUGCCCGAACACAUACCGAGAGCGCAAGUCUCUAUUCGAGCACCACAGAGACGCCCACAAGCCCCCGGAGCCGGUCGAGCUGCGGUACUGCGUGGCGUGUGACACCACCUUUAAGAGUAUCUUUAACUUCGAGGUCCACUUUCGUAAUUUUCAUUCAGGGAUGCCUAGAAAGACGUUCCCGUGUCCACAAUGCGGCAAGGUUCUGUCCAAGAAAUCCCAUCUUAAGAAUCAUAUGAGCGUCCUUCACGCAGGCAGAACCAACUACCACUGUCAUAUCUGUGGCAAGAAUAAGUAA